UAUAUGUGUCUAGCUCGCUCUAGUAGUCUAGGACCACUUCCACUCACAUGUAUAUAUGAGCACCCAAUGAGAUUACCAUCCAUCUCUCACACUAGCUAGCCAUGGAUUGGUUCUCUUGGUUAUCAAAGAGCAGCCUUGACCCAUCACUAAUAUAUGAAUACGGCCUUGCGUUUGCUCGCAAUGAGCUCCAAAAGGAGGAUUUAACCUACUUCAACCAUGAGUUUCUCCAGAGUAUGGGCAUUUCAGUGGCCAAGCAUAGGCUAGAAAUACUGAAGCUUGCCAGGAAGGAAGUUCGAGGAGGUCCUAACACCCUUUGCAGGCUUAUUUUGGCAAUCAACAACACCAAGAAAAAGAUUGGCAAGCGUAUUAACAAGUGGGUUUUCCACGAAGUUGGAUCGACAAAGGCCUUGCCGGAGCCACCCCCACCCUCUCGUUACCAAGAGCAUUGGAAAGGAGCAUUAACAAGGAAGAACAAGAGUGAAAAGGAGUUUCAGGCAGAGAAACAGAAGCCAAUCAAAACCAUGAGGAUAGCAAAAUCUGGGCCACUGCCAUUGGUGCAAGACAAGUUGAUUGUCACCAAUAGAAGCUUGAAGUUGUCUGGCCCUCUGGAUAGUAACAUGCAAGAGAGAUUGUUGUUCACCUACAGAAGCCCAAUAUCUUCUGGGCCUCUGGAUGGACGUAUGUACGCAAAUAAAAGUCCAAAGUUAUCUGGGCCUAUGGAUAGACGGCCUCCAAGCCCAAGGAUAUAUACAGACAACAGCAACACCAAGGAAAACUUGGGUGGUGGUUAUGAUGAUCAUUCACUAUGGCCAGCUCUUUUUCAAGAUCUGAAACCUACAUGAUCCAGUUUUGUC